GAAAAACCAUUUGAAUGUCCAAACUGCCAUGAGCAUUUUGCUAGGAAUAGUACACUCAAAUGUCACCUGACAGCCUGUCAGUCUGGAGCUGGAGCUAAAAAGGGAAGAAAGAAGCUGUACGAAUGUCAGGUUUGUAACAGCGUGUUUAACAGCUGGGAUCAAUUUAAAAAUCAUUUGGUAAUACAUACAGGUGUCAAACCCAACCACUGUACCUUAUGUGAUUUGUGGUUUAUGCAAGGCAGUGAGCUGAGAAGGCAUCUCAAAGACAUGCACAAUAUUUCAGAACAAAUAGUGACAGAAGAGAUUCUUCCAGUGGAAGCUAUGGAAGCUGAACCAGUAACAUCAAUGACUAUAAUAGAACAAGUGGAGCAAGUCCAUGUCCUGCCAGUAAUUCAGGUACAAGUGGAUCCUGCAAAGGUAACUGUGGAACAGAUGCACCAGGAUCUCAUACAGGACAAUCAAGUGAAAGGCACACAGAUGGAGGAACUGCAAGAACAGGUGCAAAUUAGUUAUUUAGAAGUUGAACACAUUCAGACUGAACAAGGUGCUGAAGUUCAUGUGGAGCAAUUACAUGUUGGGCGUGUAAAUCGAAUACAGAUGGAAGAAGUACAGGCAGAACUUAUAGAUGGAACAGACUUUGAACAAGUAGAAUAUGAAAGUGUUGAUCAAGGAGAGGCAGAAGAAAAUGAAACCAGUCAAGUAGAUGAUGCAGAUAUGGAAUAUAAUGAACAAGCUGAAGACUUAAAAACUCAACAAUUAGUGGACACACAGAAUGAAAAGGUGGAUAACUAGGACAAAUGACCACACUGUGCAGCUUUAGGAAUGAAGUACCCAAUUAUUUUUGCUAGCUUUUACAUUGGUUUUUGAACCAAUGGUCUGUGGUCGCCUUUCCAAUAUGCUGUCCUUAGGAAGCUGGACAAGUGGAGCAAAGUUAGUUUUCCUCAUGUAGAACUAAACUUCUCAUAUGUGAAAAAUGACUUUACCAUUCAUGUAAUGCCAUGGAACAGAAACCACCACAGCUUUGUCAGGAUUUUAAUAAUGAACAGCUUGUAUCAUUUACAUCAUCCCUGGGUAUAUGUAAGAGUAACUUUGCCUCUUUUCUUCUUGCUAUAGAAGCAAACUCUUGUUAUAGAUUUGCAGGGUGUCUUUGGCAGAAGAAUCAGUAAAAUAUGGUGGGUUCUAAUGUAAGUGGAUAAUCAGGUACCUGUGAAUUUUCUGGGCAGACUGGUUUUUUUUUGCUGUUUCCUAACAGCAGUCCCUAACUUUCAGGCUGGGGAAAAAACAUUGUUGCUGGAGGUUUCAGUGCACAAAAAUACUGUGCCUUUUCAACAGGGGUGAAAUUUCCACAAAUCUCCUAGAGUGUUCAACCUAGUUCAAUAAAAGGCAAUGUGGAUAAUGUUAUAUAGCGCUUUAUAUUUUUGCUUAAAAUUGUCAGCUACUGAUUUAGGGGUUUUUUUUCAUUAAAUUUAGGAGGGGAUGAGGGAGGAAACAUUCCAUGUGGAGGCAGCAGGACACUCUAAAAGGGACACUUUAAAUUAGGAAAAGCUCAGUAGAAUCUGUGGUAAACAUGAGCUGGAAGAAAGCUACCAGCAGACUCUUCAUUUAUAAAUUGUCAUUUUUGAAAAGGAAUAUUUUUAAACAUAUAGAGAAGGCUUGUCUAUAUGGUAUCAGGUUCCUAACUUCUUUUAAUGAAAUUCUGACACUUGACACAAAGACAUUGUACUAAAAGUAAAAACCAUAAGUAUGAAUGCUAAAAUGUGAAUUGAAAAGUAGGACUGCAAAUAUUUUAAUCAGUAUUAGACAACAAAACAAUAGCAUCCAUGAUAUAUUGCAUUAUUUUCUUAAUCCAAUAAAUUAGGAACAACUGACUGUCAAUUACAGUGCCAGAUCCCAGUGGCAAGAAUCAAUAUAAUUUUAAUAACUUUACAGUAAUGACCUAUUAAUGUUAAGUUUGUUUAGAAAAUACUUGUCUGGCUCUAUGUUUCAGGAUGCUAAGAACUUCCAAUUCUCAAUUAUUGCCUUGAGAUUAGAAGUGCCUCCCUACUUCUGAAAAAGUUUGUUUUCAAAGCCCUAAGUAAAGGGAGGAAUUUUUGCAAGGAUGUUCCCUAAUGCUCUUGGUAUUCAUGUAGAUCUUGCUUAAAAUCAGGCUUUUCUAUUCAGUCUUCUCCAAAUGCAAAAUUAUUUCUUGAGAUUUAUGCUUUUAUUUAGUAUCAUUCAAAAUUAUUCUUGUGUUUCAUCAUAGCUAGCCUUGAAGAAA